AUGGCAAAGAUGAAGAACAAGAAGCCGAGUCGCGCCGCAGAAGGGGACGAAGCUAUUGAGAAGGUUGCACCUACGGCCAAUCCUGAACCUUCGACAGCAGAACCAGAAGCUACAGCAAUUCCGAAGCCUCAAGCGGAACCGAAUCCUCUGUCUCCCUACGCCAGCAGUCCCGUCACGAUCAAUGUCGGCCCAGUGCCAGUUACCUACUACGUUCCGUGGCAUCUUCUCAAAUCCACAAAUUGGUCGACGAUUCCGCCUGGCGGAGAGAUCAGCUUGCCUACGAUAAGUGCGGAUACGGGACAUAUACUUGUUCAUUACCUUUACACAGGCGCUUAUCAGACGCUUAAGUCGAAGAUCGGUGAUAUCGCACAGCAACCGCAGCUCGCCUUAAAACAAGCGCUUUUGGUAUACAGGGUGUCGGUGACCCAUACGCUGGAUAGACUGGAGCAAUUGGCAAGGCAACAGAUCGAAGAGCAUAGUGCUUCCAUGGAUCUGAAGACAAUGCUCGAUAUCAUCAGGAGCGAAUUGCCGAAGAAGACCGAGCCCAGUGACUGGCUCCAAGCAUACCUGAAAGACAAGACCCAAAAGGCUUUCGAGAAGGACCACACCGUGUUUGCAGACGAUGCCUUCUGUGCAAGUCUGUGUAAGAAAAGUAAGCUGAAUGAUUAUGUUGUGCGCCACGUGGUUAAGCUCUUGAGCGAGAAGUUGACCCAAGCACUGGCGGGGAAGGGUAAUAUUGCCGACGAAGUGGAUGAGUCUCCACGUGCGCUGCUAGUCUCAGAGGAGAUUGUUGCCGGCACAGACCCGUUUGCUGGCUUAAGCAAGGGACAGAGGAAGAGGCUGGAAAAGAAAAUGAGGGAGGAGAAGGAGCAAGCACGACUUGUAGAGGAAGAAGUAGAGGCGGCUGCGCUUGCCCAGUAUGGCUAUGUCGACGAUGACCCGCCCCUGGCCCCUGAUGUCGGUGAGGAGCCAGAUCCUGUUGAAGAACUCGAGACUUGCUGGGAAGCUCUAGCCCCUGCCUCAGAGCGUGAUACAUAUUACGAAGUUUCCAUUCCUGCGCCAGAACCUGAGCCUGGCUAUGAGGACGCCAUGCCUGCACCAGAACCUGAGCCUUGCUAUGAGGACUGCAUUGAUGUCGUUGGUUCUGAGACGCUGGCACCGGAGCCUCCGAGGAGCGUCUGGGUUGAAUAUGUUCCUCCGCCGCGUCCGAAGAAGGAGACCGCCACAUCGAAGAAGAAAAGGCUGGCUAAAGAAAAAAAAGAUAAGGAGAAGUGGGAUAAGAAGCAGCAAGAGCGCAUCGACCGGGAAGAGAAAGAGGCUCCCUGUGAGGAACCGGUACCUACUUCCGAUGCCUAUUCGGGAGACUCAGCUCCUCACGCGCAGUCUGAUUCUUCUCGGGAGCACGCCGUACCCGUGCCCGUUGAUGAAGCUGAGCCUAUAUACGAUCACUCGAUCCCUGUUGAACCUGAGCCCCUUUACGAGGUUCCACCUCCAGAACUCAUAUCUGUAAGCGAUUAUCCCCGAGAACCUGUCCCCAUCUAA